AUGUAUAUCCGGAAGGAGUUGUUAAAUAUACGGAAAAGUAAAGAUAUUAGGCUUGCCGUGGUAGAACUCCAGAAAAAAGGAGAACUCUGUGGGUACCACCAAGGAAUGAUCUCUGCUGCCAUAGGGAUAUUCUACAGGAUAGCAUGCUCUUUGUUCAAGCAAGGGAAAGUUCAGAAAUUUGACAGUCUAGGGGCCCUUCUAAUAGGUCUCUUAAACAUAUCAGAGAAACUCUCUGGUAGUCCCAGAAGGAUCUCUAAGAUAAUUGCAGAUAUGCAUAUAAUAGCAGGGUACCAGUUUGAUAAUGAAGCUGUCACUAAAAUAUCUGUUGGGAAUACGAGAAUUAUUUAUUUUCAGCAUGCUCAGAAGAACUUGUAUAAAGAAGCAUGUGCCCAGGCCUUGCUUCAGACAGAAGUGGUUAUUUGCUCUCUUCUGCAAUUUGACUUUUUGUUCAUGGAUAUGCAUGAGAUCCUUUGGACAACUUUGAAGAAAAAGGGAUAUCUUCAAGAACAGAUUAACUUAGCCUGGAUUAUACUCACAGAUACACUGGCCCAUCCCUUCUUGGAGUACUUCUCACCAGAGAUAAUUUUAAAAACAGUUGAAAGAAUUGCAAUAAAACUCACAGGAGGGCAACCGCUGAAAGAAAAAGGUGAACCCCUAGAAGUGAAUAUUUUGGAGGAAGAGAUAUUGUACAUAUACACAAGUAAUUGCAGGAAAUAUGAAAGAAUUAAAAGCACAGAAAACACUCCGGAUCUGGAGAAAGUUGAUGCAAAUGAAGCACGGGUGUGCAAUCGCCUGAGUACAGUAUGA